ACCUCGGUCACAGAUAAGAUGGGGGCGAAGGAUAAAAAAGCCAAGAAGAACUCUGAUAAAGAGGAAGAACAUGCAGCUGGGGAGGAAGAGAAAGGGAAAAAGAAAAAGAAAGUAAAGAAGAAAGGGUCUACUAAGGGAGAUAGUGAAGAAGACACCAAGAAGACAAAAGGAAAGAAGAAGAAGAUUGAGAAUUACGCUGAGAUCUAUGAGCGUGAGCUUCGUAGCUACGAGGCAGAAAAAAUGGAAAACUACGAGGAUGAGUAUCAUAAAAAGAAAGUGUAUGAGGUGGUGACCAUCACUGGCGAUGAGCGAGGAGCAGGCACCGAUGCCAACGUGUUUGUCACUCUGUUCGGAGACUACGGCAUCACUCCCAAAGUCCACCUGGCAAGCAAGAGCCGCACGGCCUUCGAAAGAGGCAAAACCGAUGUUUUCAGAAUUAGAACUCACAAUGUUGGACCUUUGGAAAAGAUAAGGAUUGAGCAUGACAACACAGGCCUGAGCUCCAACUGGUUCCUGGACAGGGUGGUGGUGACGGAUGUGAUCAGGCCUCACCUGAGGUUUUACUUUGCUUGUAACAACUGGCUCAGUAAAGUGGAGGGAGACUGCCUUCAUGUGAGAGACCUGCUGGGUAGUAUGGACCCCAUGGUCAUCCCCAAAUAUAACAAGUAUAUAGUGAGUGUUUUCACUGCGGAUGUAAAAGGCAGUGGAACAGAUGCAGACGUCUUCAUUAAUAUCUUUGGGGAGUUUGGAAACACAGGGGAACGGCGACUUAACAAUGACAAAAACAACUUUGAGAAGGGCACCGAAGAUAAGUUCACCAUCGAGGCUCCAAACUUGGGUAAAGUGAGAAAGAUCUCCAUUGGCCAUAAUAACAAAGGCUCUUCUGCAGGCUGGUUUGUGGAUAAGGCAGUUGUGGAUGAUUUGGGAAACAAACUAGUGUAUGAAUUCCCAAUCAGCCGUUGGUUUGCCUUCGAUGAGGACGAUGGGAAGAUCCAGAGAGACAUUUUGGUGGGUGCGACCCAACCCACAGGUAUUGUGUACAACGUCCGCAUUGUUACGGGAAACCUCCGAGGUGCCGGCACCAAUUCCAAAAUCCACAUCGUGAUGCACGGCUCGAAAGCCUUGAAGAACAGUGGCCAGGUGUUUUUAGAGGGGGGGCAGUUUGAGCGUGGCCUGACAGACAUCUUCAACGUUGAGAUCGCUGCGCUCCUCAGUCCCCUCAGCAGAGUCACCAUUGGACACGACAAUGAUGGCGUCAGUGCUGGGUGGUACUGCGAGAAGGUGGUGGUUUUCUGUCCGUUCACAGGCAUCGAGCAGACCUUCCCGUGCAGUAAAUGGCUGGAUGAGAAGGAAGGAGAUGGGCUGAUAGAGAGAGAGCUUUAUGAGAUGGUCUCACUCAGACAUAAGAGACAGAAGAAGUACCCCUGGUCUUUGUGGAUCUGGACAUCGGACAUUCCCAGUGCCGGCUCCGAUGCGGAUAUCUCUCUCCAGGUGUACGGAGAAAAGGGCAAGAGCGAUGAGCUCCGCCUGGACAACAAAACGGACAACUUUGAACAGGGACAAGUAGACAGGUUCAUGAUUGAACUGCCUGAUUUGGGAAAAUUGACCAAACUCCGCCUUUGGCAUGAGAAGAGAAAUCCUUUUGCAGGAUGGCAUCUCAAUAAGGCAACUUUGAUGAAGACAUUAACAAAGGAGAAGUAUUCGUUUCCUUGUGGCCGCUGGCUGGACACUAACGAAGACGAUAACGAGGUUGUGAGGGAGCUUGCCGCCAUGGGAGACAGCGUCCCGGAGCCGCUGCCUGUGAUCAAAUACAGAGUGACGGUUUGCACAGGGACGGUCGGCGGCAGCGGCACCGAUGCUUCUGUUUUUCUAAAUCUGAUUGGAGAUCAGGGGGACACCGGAGAUCGACACUUGGUCAACUGCAAAAACAACAUCAAUAAGUUUGAGAAAGGAAACUUGGACGAGUUCAUCGUGGAGGCAGUAGCCAUCGGGCAGAUUCGCAGGGUGAGGAUUGGGCAUGAUGACAGAGGCGACGGCUGCGGGUGGUUUCUUGAUAAAGUGAUUGCGAGAGAGGAGGGACAGACGGACGCAAAGGAGUUCCCUUGCAACAGGUGGCUGGACCGCAAAGAGGAUGACGGACAGAUUGUUCGAGAGUUAGUGCCAUUCUCAGAUGGGCAGCGUCUUUACAACGUUAAUUACCACAUCGCGGUGAAGACAGGGAGCAUCCCCGGCAGCAGCUCAAACUCCAACGUGUUUGUCAAGCUCUAUGGAGAGAAAGGCGACACCAGUACGAUGAUGCUUUUGGUCUCCGCCAACAACCUGGGGAACUACUUUGAGAUGGGCCGCAUCGACAUCUUCACAGUGGAGACGUUUGAUAUUGGACAGAUCAACCGGAUUAUGAUCGGGCACACCAACGAAGGCCUGCAUCCCGGCUGGUUCUUGGACAGCGUUCAAGUCAUGGUUCCAGUCAAUGGAAAUCAAUACAUGUUCCCCAGCCACCGCUGGCUGUCUAAGGAUGAAGCUGAUGGAAAGACGGAGGUGGAGAUCUAUCCGAGCGAGAUCCUUGACAUAGAACAGCUGAUUAAUUAUGAGGUAACAGUAGUGACAGGAGAUGUGACUUUUGCUGGUACCAACGCCAGAGUGUUCAUCCAGAUCUACGGAGACAAAGGGAAGACAGAAGUCAUCAUCCUCGAAAGCAGAUCCAACAACUACGAACGAAACACCAUAGAAAUAUUCAAGAUAGAGGCCAAAGAUGUGGGGAAGAUCUUCAAAAUCCGCACCGGUCACGAUGGCUCAGGGAUCGGAUCAGGCUGGUUCCUGGAGACAGUGGACGUCAAACGUCUCAUUUUGGCCUUGGUGCCCAAAGAGAAGAAAAAGGAGGACAAGAAAAAAAAAAAGAAAAAAAAGGAAGAUGUGGAGGAGGAGAGAGGAGAGGAGAUGAAGGAAGUGGUGCUGACUUACCAUUUCUCCUGUUCACGCUGGCUGGCUGGGGGAGAGGAGGACGGCGAGCUGGUGGUGGAGCUGCUGCCCGACGAUGCAAAUGAGCUGGAAGUCAACACCUAUGAAGUGUGCAUCUUCACUGGUGACAUGCUCGGUGCUGGGACCGAUGCCCACGUCUUCAUUAAUAUAUACGGGGAGCAUGGCGACACCGGAGAGCGCUAUCUGAAGAACUCGGACAACCUCAACAAAUUUGAGCGGCGACAAGAGGAUGUUUUUAUCGUGACAGCUGUUGACCUGGGUUCAUUGAAGAAGCUACGAAUCCGCCAUGACGGCGCAAGUUCCUAUUCCUCUUGGUACCUGGACCGUGUUGAGAUAGUGGACACAAAGGAUGACACAACGUACUAUUUUCCAUGCACCCGCUGGCUGGCAGUGGAUGAGGACGAUGGACAGAUAGCAAGAGAGCUGGUUGCUGUGGACGAGGCCUUCAUGAGGAAGAAUGAGGACGAGGAGGGGACCGGCCCAACUCUGGGGCUCGAGCAGAAAUCCAUGUCUACAACAUAUACAAUCAAAAUAAAAACUGGAGAGAAGAAGUAUGCUGGAACUGAUUCCAACGUCUUUGCCAUCCUAUUUGGUGAAAAUGACGACACAGGGAUCAUCAACCUAAGGUCUUGUAAGUACUAUAAGAAUAAGUUCGAAAAGGGAAUGAUCAAUGAGUUCACCGUAGAGGCGGUGGAUUUGGGAGACCUGGAGAAGCUCCGCAUUGGCCAUGACAACUCAGGGGGUUCAUCUGGUUGGUUCCUUGACUGGGUCGAGAUCGAUGCCCCUUCUCAGGGUCAGAGACUGCGCUUCCCGUGUGGCCGCUGGCUGGAUAAAGGAGAAGAUGAUGGGGCGAUCGUGAGGGAUCUUUACCCCGCCGAGUUACAGACUGAACUCUACACGCCAUUUGUCCCUUACGAGAUAAAGAUACACACCAGCGAUGUGUUUGCAGCGGGAACAGACGCGGAUGUGUUCAUAGUGUUGUACGGACGUAAGGGAGUGUGCACACAGCAGAAGUACCUGUGCGUCAACGAGAGAGAGAGACGUCUGUACUUUGAGAGGGGGGCCGAGGACAUGUUUAUCGUGGAGCUGGAGGACGUCGGCGAGGUAAUCGAAAAAAUCAGGAUAGGACACGACAACAAGGGCACCAACCCCGGGUGGCACCUCGACAGGGUGGAGAUCAGACGUCAGCUCAGGAAAGGAAAGGGUUCAGAGACUACGAUCUUCCCAUGUGAGGCCUGGCUGGCCAAGUCUGAAGAUGAUGGGGAGACUGUGAGAGAGCUGGUCCCCUCGGACAUCAUCACAGAGAAGCUCCUCCGGGAUGGGAAGCUGAAAAGGACCGAGGAGGAAGUGGAGGAUGCUUUGGAAACUCACAUUUACAGCGUGUCCGUGCGGACGGGGGACAUGUACGGAGCAGGAACUGAUGCCAACGUUUUUCUCACCAUCUACGGAGACCUGGGAGACACCGGAGAGCGCAAACUCGCCAAAUCCCAGAACAACAAGAACAAGUUUGAGAGAGGAGAGGUGGACAAGUUCACUAUUGAGGCUGUGGACCUGGGCCAAGUUUUUAAGAUUCAUAUUCGUCAUGACAACUCCAUGAUGGGAGCCGACUGGUACCUGGAUCAGGUGGAGGUGCUGGAUGUUGAUACAGAAGAGGUUUACAUGUUCCUGUGUGAGCGCUGGCUGUCAAAGAAGAAAGAGGACAAACGCAUCACCAGGACAUUCUUUGUCAAGGGGUACGAAGGUCAAAGAAACACGGAUCCAAAUACCAACAAAAUGCUUCAAGCCAAACUGGGACUGGACAGAAAUGCCAACAAGAAGAAAAAGAAAAAAAAGGUGUCAGCUUUGGAAGAAGGUCCAAUCAUCCCGUAUCAUUUCACCUUGUCCACCGGGAUGGAGCGUGACGCCAGCACCACGGCCAGGGUCUAUGUCAUUAUCAUCGGACCCAACGAUGUUGAGACAGACCGGCUGUGGCUGGACCCGCCCGAGGGAAAGAAAUCCUUCACCGCUGGCACCAUGGAGCACUUUGUGUGUUAUGGAACUGACGUAGGAGCGAUCAAGAGGGUGGAGCUCGGCCACAACGGUGUCACACCAGAAAGCUGCUGGUUGGUGGAUGAGCUGUCGGUUGCCGUGCCAACCAAAGGUAUCAAGUACAUUUUUCCAUGUAAGUGCUGGCUGGCUAAAGACAGGGGAGAUGGUCUGACUGCCAGACUGUUCAAUGUGCUGGACUCCAGCACGAUCAACAUUACCCGCAAAGUCAUUUAUUCAGUGUCAGUGGUCACAGGUGACACUCAGUGUGCUGGGACAGAUACCAGGAUUUUCCUGACAGUGUUUGGAGCCAACGGGACGACCGAAGAAAUGCUGCUGGCCAAAAAUGAGGACAGGUUUGAAAGGGACCAAGAAGACACGUUCAGUUUGGAGGUGGAUGACAUUGCUCCCCUGAAGAAGAUCAGAGUUCGGAUUGAUGGCUCUGGAAGUCGACCUGACUGGUUUCUUGACAGGAUGAUAAUGCAGAACGUGAACACAGAGGAGAAGUAUCUCUUCACUUAUGAGAACUGGCUGUCAAAGACAAAGGGGCUAAAGAGGACGUGGGUGUGUGAGCUGCCAGCUGUGGUGGACGACGAGGAAAUGGUGGAGAAAACGACCUACAUCAUCCAAGUCCAGACUGGUGAUGCUGGAGGUGCGGGCACCGAUGCCAACGUGUUUGUGAUGGUGUUUGGGGAGUACGGAGACACCGGGACGCUGCCGCUGAAGCAGAGCACCAACAGGAACAAGUUUGAGCGUAAAAUGAAAGAUGUGUUCAGAUUCCCGGACAUGUUGAGUCUGGGAGAACUGUCAAAAAUAAGAGUGUGGCAUGAUGACACAGGCCCUUCGCCUGGUUGGCGCCUGGAUUACGUUGACGUAAAAGAUGAAGCCAUGGACCAGACCUUCAGGUUCCCCUGCGACCGCUGGUUGGCUAAUAAUGAGGACGACAAGCAGAUAAUGAGGGAGCUGGCCUGCGCCAACAACGACGCCAUCGACUUCAGUGACAAGACCAAAUACGAGAUUGCCACGACAACGGCGAACACAGACGACGCCUCCACCACAGAAAACGCCUGGAUUGUGUUGGAAGGGAGGAAAGCUCGCUCCAAGGAGUUUGUUUUGGAGAAUAAGAAAAAGAAGUUCUCACGCGGCGCCACCGACGCGUUUGAGUUCUCGUCAAAGAACGUGGGCGAGAUCGCCGGGAUCUGCGUGGGCCACAUCACCAGAGACGGAAAGAAGGUGAAGCAUGAAGCCUUCUGGCACGUCGUGGAGGUGGUGGUGACAGAGCGGGAGCUGGGAAACAAGUAUUUCUUCCACUGUGACGCACAAGUCCCCCUGGCAGCCAAAAAGGACAAAUUCCAGACAUUUGAGUGCUUCAAGUGCGUCGAGAGCUUUGCGAGCAAAGUCCGCAAACUGGUCCCCGUCAAGUACGAAAUCAUCGUCAUCACCGGCGACGUGAAAGACGGCGGCACGGAUUCCAACGUCUUCAUCACCGUCUACGGCGCCAACGGGGACUCGGGCAAGCGGCACCUGCGCGAGAGCUUCCGCAACCUUUUCGAGCGAGGGCGAACCGAUCGCUUCGUCCUGGAAAUGCUGGACCUCGGGGAGCUGCUGAGGGUCCGAGUGGAGCACGACGGCAGCAGCCUCCACUGCGGCUGGUUUCUGGAGUGCGUGGAGGUGACAAACACAGCCAACUCGGUGACAACCAUCUUCCAGUGCGGAAAGUGGCUGGACAGACGCAAGGCCGACGGGCAGAUUGAGCGGGUUCUCUACCCCAAAUAUUAGGAUUAGGAUUAGGAUGGACCUGAACUUGGUUGUAUGUCAACGUUUAAAGGAAGCACCUUGUCGUUGUGCCAACUCUUCUAACUUUAGAAAAUUGGUCUUAAGGACUGAUUUAAUAAUAAAAUGUUAACGAUGUCUAACAUGUAAUGGCUUUGGAACAGGUGAAGCAAAACAGAGAUGUUAAAGUCAAAUUCAAACCACAGAUAAUUGUAUAUAUUUAAAGCAGUGCAAUAGUUAAAUUGGCAACACAUUCUUAAUAUGGAUCCUUUAGUUUGAGAGAACCAGGACAAAACUGUUCCUAAAUGAUCUUGAGCGUGUAAUCGGGUGUUCUUUACUGUAAUAAAAGCAGACAUGAGCACUGAUA